AUGCCACCGUCGGCAAAUUUAUGCUGUUGUCGGCAUUCGCGAAAAAAACCACUCACCGAGGGGAUCCGACGGUCGACCGAAGUUGGGACAAUGGUGCUAAACGUGUGCGGAAAGUAUGACCCGCAUCUCGGCCUCACCCCGACCACCCCGGCAGCCAACGGGGAUUUAGCAAAUGGUGGACCAAGCGUUGACAAGACGGUGGAAACGGAGACGCAUACACACGUGGAAGAAGUGGUGAUCAGAUUGGUCGAGAGCGCCCCACGAUUGGAAAUGAAAGAAAACGAGCUGGAGCAUCAUCAUAUUAAUCACGAUUUCGACACGGCCAGGACGAGCAGAGAAGAGGCUGUGAGAGAUCAUCUCACAAUGCACGAGCUCGUGCGACAAGUCCGACUCGAAGAGGGUUUAGAGGUGACACCGCGGCCAUCAGUAAGCGAAGUGGAACCGAGACGUCCGACUCUACAACAAACCACCAUCCUCAACGCCUACAGUACAUAUACGACAACGGAACCGAUAGAAGCGAUAGUCGAAGAGCGAACCCUCAUCCACAUGAACGGCUCACUGAAAUCGAAACCGAAAAGAGCCGUUUUCAACGAGAAUGACGAUAUUUCGUCGAGAACCGCAAAUACGGUUGUUGUCGACAUUGAACGAGUCGAUGAGGUCAAUGUGAUCCCCACAGUCUCGGGCAUUUUGGCAAAACGGGAACACCACUUCAUUCUGCCGCCAAUGCAAGAAACAACAGGGAGAACGAUUGCGAGAACGGUGGCCGCCAUUCCACAGACAGUUUUCACAGUCGUCUCGGUCACUUACGCCUAUUGUGUCUCGAUCAUCGCUUUUCUCGCGAGUUUCGUCUGGAAA